GGCUGUCAUGCUUGUGUUUUGCUUUGGUUUUUUGUUAUUGUUUCAGGCUAGUGGAGCAACUGAGCCCGGAGAAGAAAGCACGACUGUCUUGCAUAUGUGCGUGUCUUUUUUUUUUUUUCUUUGCGGACGGUGACUCCGGUAUUUAUUAAAAGACAAAUUGCUCAGACUGUUCAUAGAAGCAAGAGCGAUAAAAGUGUUGCCAUGGAAAAGGCUUGGCGGGUGGAGUUCAGAAACGUGGGUUGCAGUUACUUCCCUGAAAGCAGAGUUGACUGCCACUAUUCGCUGAGCUCACAGCACACCUGGGCCAGCAGUGACUGGAUCGGGCUCUUCAAGGUUGGAUGGUCAUCAGUGAGAGAUUACCACACGUUUGUUUGGGCUCUGGCUCCAGCUGAUUAUCAAGAGGGCACGGAAGUCAACUGCUGUGUGCAUUUCCAUGCCUCAUACCUACCAAAGCCCAGCUCCCAAGAGUAUGAGUUUGUGUAUAUUGACGCCAAAGGCGAAAUUUGCUCCUGCAGCUCCAAAUUCACAUUUUGCGCCCCAAAGCCACUGGAGGAUUUAGUGACCCUUGAAGAAGAGUCCCAUGGAGGGGAGGAGGGCACAGAUAUGCUUCUGGUUAUACCCAGGGCUGAGCUGCUACAGAGUCGGCUGCAGGAAUGUCUGCGAGAGCGUGCUGAGCUUCUGCAGCUUCAAGAGGCAGCAAGCAGGCAAAGGGAGAGAGAAAAGCAGGAGUAUAAGAGGGCCAGGGAGGCCUGGGAGAGACAACGUAAAGAGUUGGAGAUUGAUAUUUUCAGGCUGCGGGAGGAGCUAAAGCAGACUCAGGAGAAAAUGGAGGAUGUGCAGCAAAAACAGAAGGAGGAGCAGGCUUUGGGAGAAUCACUGGCCCAAGAAAAAAGUAUGUUAUUGGAUGCGAGGGAGGCGGGUGAACAGCGUAUCAGGGAGCUGGAGGAGGACAUCAAGACCUUGACAGAGAGAACAGUAGAGAGAGAGACAGAGUUGGAAAGGAUGAAAGAAAGGGUGAAGCGAGCAGGAGCUCAGAAGAAAGAAGAGGAGGGUGAGAGAAAAAGCCUGCAGACCAAGCUGGAACAGACAGAAGCUGAGCUCCGCAGUCUGUCGAAGGAAUUCCAGGGCCUGAGGAACUCACUGGCCCAGAGAGACACCAGUGUCCUGCAGCUCCAAAACACCAUCACCACCCUCACCCAAAAACUGACCACUGCCCACAGGAAAGAGACGGAGAGUGAGGCAGCAAUGAAGGAGAUGCGAAGCCUGCGGGAACGUCUGAAUGCAAGUGAGCGCACUGCAGAAGGUUUGAAGAAUGAUCUAAGUGCCAUGGUGACCCAGAGGGAUCACGGGCAAGCAGAACUACAUCAGGCUCGUCUGCAGGCAGCACAGCUCACUCUUCAGCUGGCAGAUUCCAGUCUGGCUCUGAGAGAAGGAAGAGCCCACUGGGCCCAGGAGAGGCAGAAUCUGCAGCGAAUGUCUGAGAAAGACCACGAACAUCUGGAAAAACUCCACACAGAGAUGCAGACAAUGGAGGAAAGGCUGCAGGAGGAGAGGAUGGAGAGAGUGAAGCUAGAGGUGGAGCUUGGAAGAGAAAAGGAUUGCAACCGGGUCCAGUUGAGUGAAACCCGCAGGGAACUGCAGGAAUUGAAGGCCAGCCUGAGAGUGGGCCAGAUGGAGAAAGAGCAGCUACUUGCAGAAAAACAGGAGUUGAUGGAGUACAUCUGUCAGCUGGAGCAGAAGAUGGGAACAGUGGCCAGUGCCAAGUGGAGCGCUGCCCCACUCGCCUCUGCAGCAGGGCGCCCUGAUGGUGUUUUAUCUGACUCUGAGGAUGAGAACCCAGAGGCCCUGCAGCCCCUCCGUCCACCCAGGCCUCUGGGACACUACAGCCUGUGUGAGCAGGGUCAGCCUGACUCACUGCUCCCUGUCACCCCUCCCCAUUCCCCCAGGGAUGUAGAGAGGAGUGCAGUGGUCAUCAACCAGCCAGCUCCCCUCUCCUCGCCACACCAGGCUGGCGCUGAUACUCUGGCACACAGCUCAGAUUCGGAGGAGGAACCUGAUCCACUUCAGUGUGGACGACACAGCUCCAGCGAGGACACAGCCCUUUUACUGCCCGAACAUGCAGACACUGUUCUCAGUGAUCUGGCCGACACCUCGCUAUGGUAACCAGUGGACAUUCACCCACGGCGACCGAUCAAAGGGAGAAGGUGGACUUUAUUGGAGUCGGUGUGACUCCGCAUUACUUCCACUAACAAGCACAUAUAUAGCUCACUGACUCAGAAAAACACAGAAACAGAAAAAUAUGUUUAUAUGCAAUUUCCAUGGUAUCUGCAGUGAUCCUUUUCUCCUUCUAGACUAUUGUGUUGUUGCCUUUACUGUUUGUUGUUAGAAAUGACAUAAUGCUGGUGGUGGCAGGUCAACACCGUGUUUAUGACUGACAUAAGACUGUUGCACAGUUUGAAGCAGUGGUCUUUUAGGCAACAGGCUCUGGCAUUAGAGAGUUUGCGGGCUGUUGCAGAAUGAUUUCUGUUGAAUCAUUGCUAUGUCGAGAGCUUUACGAUGGAUGUUAUGUCGUUUUUAUGACAUUUGUGAUUAGGAGUCAUGACAGGCACUGUAAUUAUGAUGUUUUGUGCAGGUCCCCGGCUCUGCUGGAAAUCAUAGCAAAACUCUCUUCCAGCUUUAAAUUCUCCACAGCGGUUUUGAACACUAUUCAUGAUAGCAUAAAGUAACGAUACAGCCUCAUGCUAGAAUUAUAAUGCAGUAAUGUCGCUCUAUGACAUCAUAUUUCUCCUCCAUUUACUCUGAACUAAGAUUUGAUAUGCACUUUCUUGUAGGCAUUAGCAGUUGAUUGUUGUCACCCAGAUGCAGUUAAGAAGAUUUAGUGAUGCAGAGGCGUUCGUAGAUGGAUAAGCAUUCGACAUAUGAGUUUAUUGAACAGAUUGUGUUUAAAGUCUAUUAAGAUAAACGCCAGCUGCAACUUGCUACUUCAGUAACUUUAUAUCAUAAUUAUUAUAAAAUUAAUGCUGAUAAGCUUUUCACUGUAGAUAAGCUGCAGUUUUUACCUCGUAAUGAACCUGGAUUUUACAUUUUAGAAUAACUGACACAAAAUGCUAACUUCAUUUGGAUAUUUAGAGCUCUUCUUUAUUACACUUUGUAUUGUACAGAAAUCCUUAUUCACAUGCCAUUCUAAAUUUGUGCCUGAAAAAAUAAAACUACACAAAAGUUUUGCAAAAAAAAAAAAAAAAAUCAUCUUUACAGAUCCUCACAUCAUAACAUGGUGUUGGUAUCCCCCCCUAGUCUAUGGCAUUAUAUUGCCUAAUAAAAACUGCUGCCUACCUUUUAAUCAAUACUGUAUGCAUUUUUCAUGAUUUUCUAUUUAUAAUUAACGUGAGUUAUGCUGCAAUCAGACUAUAUUCAGGUUUAGGUUGAAAUAGGUAGGUGUUCAGUUCAGUUCACACAACAUUUUGUGGAAUGUGUGGCAAAAUUUUCCAUGCUUGGCUAAGAUUUGCUAGACACUUUGAUGCUUGAUUUUACCGGCUAUAUUUGCACCCUAUUUUUACUAUAGAUGAAUUUCUAGAUAAAAAGUUGAUAUGUAUACUUAAAGUGUGUCGGUCAUGUCCUUUCAUUAUUAUCUUAAUCAUUACCAUCGUGUGUAGUGUUUACGCGUACUUUAUCUACUUUUUUUUUUGUUUCCUGAUGUGUCACUUUUUGACUGUUGCAAGGUGCUAUCACUGAAGGGCAACGAUACCAGCAUGAUGAGUUCAGGAGAGAUUGGAAAUGUGUCAACAGUCUGCGAAAGCAACUGGUUUGAAUGUUUAAAGCAGAUUUAUUGAAGUAAUCGUAACAAGCAGACUCAGAAGGUUUUGUAGUACAGGUCUUGUCAUUUACCUUGUGUCACUGUGUAAUCUGGUGUUGCAGUACGUGUUAAUCGUCUUCAUAUGUAGAAGUGUGAGAAGUAUUUUCAGGAGCCUGGUGUUUUUACCCAGAAGAUUGCACUCUACAUGCAUUCUCCGCAGUCCUUAUUUGUGGUUGUCAUCUGGUUUAUGUCUUGAGGAAGUUAUUUUUUUGUUGAUCCGCCGAGAGCUUCCAGGAUGAGUGCUCCUCGUCAGGACACCGCCGCACAUUGCAAUAAAGCUCCUGUGGUUAUGGUUUGUUUUGAAGUUUUGUGUGUGAAGGUUAUCCCACAUGUACACCCUCUGUGUAUUUUCUUAUCAGCCAUGUAACAGGGUUUGGGUGGGGUUCUGUAUAAUAAAAUGGUUUAUGUAUCCAUUA